AUUCUACAUAAAAUUAUUCCUAUUGUACCUAUUUGUUGCGCACAUUUUUAAAUUUGCCUAAAAUGAAUGAAAUAUUUUUUCUGUUUCAACAAAAAUUACAAUUUUGACAUAUCAAAUGACACAAGAAGUCAAAACAUGAAAACAACAAAAGAAAAAUAAACAUGUGAACAUCAUGGCAUUGUCGGCCACUUUAGUUGGGAGAUAAAUACAACAUUUUGAAGACAACAUUUUCAAGUCACAACAUUUUGAAAUCUCUAGUCUUAACCGUGAAUCAUGAUCGUUGCUCUUCAGACUUUGGUUUUUUUCCGUGAAUCGUUGCUGUCGGCAUUGGACGGUUUAUUACGGCCUUACUAUAGGCACUUGACUUUAGCUUUUACUCGGAGUGGGAAUGUUUUAGAGGAUGAGGAAUCUGACGACCAAGUGUUCGCGGAGUUUGACGAUGAGAAAGGUGUUAUAUUUUUCCCGCCGAUGUACGCUCAGCGGUAUGCUGCAGUCAGCGACUGGCUAAUGGAUGACCGUUGGUGCGGGAAGCUCGAGAAGGUAGUGGAUUUUGGCCACCAUGAUAUGAGUUUUGUCAAGUAUUUGAAGGAAGUUCCUGGCAUCCGAUACAUACUUGGUGUGGAUAUUGAGACCAUUCCUCUGAGAUGUUCCUCUGAUCUACUUGGUGGUGAUGAGUAUUCUCCGAAGAGGGAGAGCCCUUUGCAAGUUACUCUCUUCCAAGGUAAUGCAGCAGAUCCAGAUUACCGUCUAAUCGGCUGUGAUGCUGUUGUUGCAAUAGAGAUGAUAGAACACAUGCUGCCCCAUGACCUGGAAAGAUUGGUCCACACUGUGUUUGGCUUCAUCAAACCAUGGAUAGUCAUCUUUACUACGCCCAAUGCAGAUUUUAAUGUAUUGUUCAAAGCCUUAGAGAAGAAUGGACUCCGUCGUAUGGAUCAUUUGUUUGAAUGGACUAGAGAACAGUUUAAUGAUUGGUGCAGCAACAUAGUAGUUAGGUAUCCUAACUACACGGUGACCUGCCAAGGUAUAGGUCCUGGUCCACCGGGAACUUUGCACCUCGGCUGCUGCAGCCAACUCUGUUUGUUCACUUCCAAAAACUACCACAAGCAGGCAGAUCUAAAUAUCAACAGUUUGGCUCUGGUUGAAAAUGCACCGACUCCUAAUAACUUUAGCGAUGUAUUUGGAUGUUGGGAAAGUUCGGUGGGUACCAGGCAAGAAGUGGAACAGGCGCCGACUGGAACAAAACCAGAAAGGCUGAAUUGCACAACACUACAGGUAAAGAAGUUCUCGAAGACCACACAGAAUUUAAUGGCUAAAAACAAGAUAGACUCUUUAGUCCAUACCAGAGAGGUUGUCAAUGAGAUCCGACAUCUCACUAAGACCUUGAACUUCAACAAGUUCAGCCGGCCUGAAGAUGGAAGCCAUAUUUGGAAUAACAUCAACUGGGGUGACAACGCGCCAUAUUGGAACCAGUAUUAUAAAAUCGUUAGGGAAUACAUCUAUCCGUUUGAGGCGAAAUCCGACGAAGCUAGAAUGUUGGAUCUGAUAUCUGAAGAGAUCAAUCGUCUGAUUGAUAUGCAGUAUGAUGAGGAGUUCUCGGUCGAUGUCAACAGGCUGGAGAUUCCGUUGACUAAUCUCAUGGCGGUCGUACAUCAUAUCACUACUGAUGUCGAUAGAGUACGAGACCUCUUGGAAUGGAAUGGCUAUGAGGUCGUGAACGACGUGGUGAUUCAUUCACGCCUCGUGGUGGACAACACUUCGAUCGGCACGCAUGAUGAGGAAUGGCAGGACAAUGACACGUUAUCUGAUUGGGAUACUGACAUUCAUUCCACAUCAAUGUCAGUUGGAAGUACGAUAAUACCGGACCUCCCGGGACGUUGUCUACGUCGCGCCUUAGACCAGAAAGUGCGUAGUUUGCGAACAAUGUUAAUUGCUGAUGAAGAUAUCACUACGGAACUGGAUAGGGUGGUCUGUAGACUUAUGAGGUUAGCCCUACAGUCUAGUAGGGGGCGCCAGACACCUCCCCCGUCUAGAUGGAUGCAAUGCAAACUGCUUGAUCUCCUCACCCUCACGGAAAAGGCUAUAGAAAGGCGUAAGAAGCAGUUUAUUGAAAACUAUCCUAUCUUGGCUAUAGAGGAAGUUAAACAGCCAGAUGUUGAACUAGACCAAGAUACUAGAAUAAAAGAAAUUGUUGAAAAAUAUCGUCAUCUCAUACAACCAAUAGGUAAUAUUGAUAGGAAUAUCGAGUUAUGUACUUUUGAGUUAAUUCACCUUUUAAAUUAUAAUUGUUGCUUUUUAUUAGAAAAAACGACGAACACGGAUGAUACAAAUGGUCAGAAUUCUGACGUAGAUAUUAUGGAAGAUGAAUUUUUAAGUACAACUAGUAACGAGUUCUUGAAAGACUAUGAAUAUGCUAAAGAUAUUUCUCCAAGUUUGGUUAUACCUCAGCCAGUAUUCAGUACGGAGAAUUUCGAAUGCACAGUGUCGCCAACUGUAGACGAGAAUCCAUUAGAAAGAACUAAAGCUUGGUUGGACGAUGACAUUGAAGAUAUUACAUUCUCCAAACAUGAAUUAAAUUACGAAACCAUAAGUUCUGGUGACACAGACCAUAGUCUUACUAAUACAAGGCAUAAGCUCAAGAAAGCAAGCAAAAGACAGAAGAUAAAUAAAAAAGAUUCCAAAGAAUUUAAAACUGAUUCAAAGUUGUCAUCUCCAAGCAAAGAUUCUUCCAAAUUUAAAAUUAAACGUGAUGAUAAACAUAAAAAGAAGAAUGGCAACACAAAGACCAUGAAGAAGACACCCAAAAAGAAGCCAAGUUACAACACUUUGAUCAAGAAUCAGUAUUCAUCAUCUGAAUACGAUAGUUAUCCGAUGAAUACGAAGAGAAAAAAUAAAGAGAAUCAGUCUUUUAACGUGUCGGCAUCAAAACCGGCAAGUAAACAACUAAGGUUAUUUUCUAUAAUCCCAGAAAGUUUAAUAGAACUUUGUCACCCAGAAUUGAAGGCUGACAAAGGCCAGUCAGGCCAGCCACGUAUAACAACGAAUAAUACUAAUGACGUUAGCCAUAACAUAGUUCUUGCUAACAUGCCUGGUUGUGACAUCUCUGCCACAGAAGAAAGUUACCUUGUUGAUAUUGUCAUGCAAGACUUUGAGGAAACUGUGGCGUUACGCAGAACUGUAGGGACGGAUGCAGAAGAAAAACCUAUUGAAGCUAAGGAUGACAAUGGAAGUCUAAACAAUGAUUUCGAUGAAACAUUGUGCCUCAAACAUGAAGUGAGCACGGAGAAUGUGCAGUCACAAACUAUUUUUCUUAACGAUAUAAAUGAACCCAGUACGUCAAAGGGUAUUCGUCACAAUAUUAGCACUGACGUACAGUGUGGACCAGAUACUUUCGCAACUUACCCAAUGCUAUCCGCAUCUACAUCCUUAGUCAAGAUACCGCCCGUAUUUACUGCGGGCGUCAAAAUUAAAGAAGUAAGUGCUGAGACUAUAACGAAAGGAACAGAUUUUGGUAUAUCUACAAAGGAUACCAACACCACAACUAUAACACCAAGAUUGAGAUCGGUUGGAAUUAAAAUAAAGGAUUCUGAUGUUAAUUUGCAUGCUAAAAUCGAAUCUUGUACCAUGACCGUACAAGAUUUUAUUCUUCAAACGUCUGAAACGUUUAGUCACUCUCCAAGACGUAGUUUGGACAGAAACAGCAUCAUAUCGUCUCCUGAAACAAGAAUGUUGAAAGCCAUAUCGAGUAACCUGAAAACUGAGGAUUCUGGAUCAGAAUUUUUCGAACCAAGUAUCGCGAGUUCAUCGAAAACUCAUACAUUUUUUGUAAAUGCGUCUAUAAAUGCAAGUCGAGUUAUGAUUAAGUCUCCUGUGAGCAAAGAUGUAAUAAUAGAGGCGAGUUCUAGCAAAAAUCUGCGUCCUAGACUAUGUUGUGGAGGUGUCCAUGUCCACAGCUUUAGAGAUAAAGAAUCUUCUGAAGAUGUUGUUUAUCAAGGACAGUGGCAGCGCCAUAAGCCUAAGGCGGGUACACGAAAAAAGUCAUGCAAUUUUACACCUCUAAGAAAAGCCAGUGAAGCAGCCGCAAAGAAAAACAGAGAGAUUUCAAAGGAGAAAAAAUUUAGUUCCAAGGAAAAGGUUGUUAGGAGAAGACAAGACAAAAAACAGAUCGAUGCAGAAAUAAAGAAACCCAUUCAAGUUGCAUCUAAAUUAGGAAUGAGUGUUAUCUCAAAGAACACAAAAUCGACGUUUACUGUCAAGAAACCAACUAUAUUGUCCAAUGCAGCUAUUAAAAAAGACAAUGAUAAACCUCAGAAAUUAAAGAAGAGUUACAUACCCUUAUACUUACGCUUACGAAGAGCUUCACUGUUAUCAGACAGCGACAAAGAGAACCUUAAUCAAAAUAUAGAUUCUGCAUGUGAAGCCUCCUCGGACAAGGAAAAUAGUGAAAAAGUGGUGAACAAAGUGCCUACUAAGAAAUCGAUUACAAAUGACAUCAAAAAGGAUUUGCUCAAAUUUAGCGACGAAGUACGAGAGAAUGUUAGUUACUUUGUUUUUCGCAACGAAUUAGAAAAUAAUGUAGAAUCACCAGAAGAUCUAUCAAGUGAGAGUACUGUAGAUCCCAGUAAAAGUACUCCUAGGCCUUUGGAAACUGCGAAACGUUCCAAUAGUCCUCAGUCUAUGAAUAGUUCCACUUGUUCGUCUCCAAACAGUAUAGCUACUGUUAGGGCAGCCACCACACGGAGUAAGAAUAUGUCCCACAGGAGACAUUCUGCAUCAUCUUACAAAACUAAUUUAACUACAAAUAGUGAUUCAGAUAGUGCACCAACAAUGAAAAAGGUUAUCAAAAGGUGCAGAAGUGCCAAAAAGACUGAGGCUAAAGAAAACGUUCCAGAAUCAACACAAAACACAAACAAAUUAGCUUUUAACAGUAGGCACAAAAGUGUGUAUAUAGCACAAAUUAAAACUGAAGGGUCUCCACCGCCCAACACUUUGUCGCGACAUAAGACACAAAUAGCGAAUAAAUCAAAUAUCAUAAUAGCUGCACGGAUAGACAGCGACGAAAAACGACGCCCAAAUGACCCUACAGUGUCAAAGAAAAAGUCAGUAAAAUCUGAUACGUCUUCGGCAUAUGAAGAUUUUAUUACAAGCCAAUCAGAUUCUUUCGAGAGUUCAGAUUCCGCGAAUAUGGUUCUUGUGUUGGAACCACAAGUAAAUUAUGAUAAUAUUAUGGAUAAGCAAAAUAUUUCACACGUUCGAAACGAACCAACUGCGGAAUGUGAGUUAGAUCCCACCAGUCAUUUAGUACCAGAAUGGGUACAAAAUUCGAGUUUACAUAGUCACGCAAGCAACAUUCGUGACUCUGUAAGACGGAUAUUGGAAGAGACACUAGAUUUAAUUAUUAGCCCAGAUGACUAUAAUGUCCAUCAUUUAGAUUCUAAAACGGUCAUUGAGAGUAGAGAACAAAAUCGUGAAGCUUGUGAAGACAGAGAUGACCCGUCAGAUGUCAAAUUAGCCGCUGAACCUGUCGAAACUACACAAUUUUUAGAGAAUGAUGUAGAGACUGCUUUGAAGAGAACCUUCGACGCUGUUCCUGAUGUUGACUCUGAGACGGUCAACUUAAGCUUAAAUGAUACAAGGUUAACAGUUGCUGAUUUGGAUAUGCUAUCAUUUGAUUCGAUCACAUCAGUUUCAAAAUACUCUGAAUAUUUUUCGGCUGACAACGAAACCAACAUGUCUUUAGAGACAGAACUGGCACCGACCAUAUUAUCGCAAAAUACGACUUCUGUGCAGGACAUAUUUGAACGGAAAGAACCGCACAUGAUUCAGACGUCAGAAGAAUUAUUUAUAUCGGGUAGAUCAUCAGACAGUUUCGAGUCACGUCUAAUAGAUGAUGAUACGGUAGUUCCGAACUGGUUGUUUCAACUUAUCAGUCAGCAGCAGUCUGUGGAAGAUGAUCGGCAGCCAAACCUUCUUGGUCCUGCGGGCGCACCACCCAACGAACCGAUGUAUGACGCGAAUGGAAACGUCAUUGAGCCCUCCAUGAUUGGCGUCGGUGCUGGCGCAGGUGACGGACGAGGCAUGCACAGUGACCACUCGCAAGAUAGCUCGGGGAGAGGCACGUCACUUAGUUCCAGUGAUACCUCAUCAGGACCGCAGAGUGAAGUCAGCACCAUUUUAAUUGACCCAGCAUUUACAACUCCGUUCGACCUCCUACGGGAUCCUAUGUCCAGUUCUGCCGUGUUGUCGACUGAGCCUCACUCAUCUGAUCGGACUUACAGAAUAGACAGUGACCUUCGCGAUGACAGAACGAGAAUUCUAAACGGAGCGAGUGAUGUUGACGCCGAUGUGAGCUCCAUUGAUACGGAUGUACCUGAUCUGUCUGAUAACUGAACAUUAUCUAACAUUGUUUGAAGUCAUGGCAUUCUGUACAAACGAAUAAAAAUACCUUCACAACUAUUUAUUGUAUUGUGUUAGUGAAGGAGGAUAAAUACAAUUUUAGGACAAUUUCUAAAUUAGAAGUCGUAUGUUUUGGGUCAUUUAAGUAACCUUCAAAUGGGUUCAUUGUUUAAGUAAACCCUUGUAUCUGUUUGUACAGCUUUGCCCGACUUGUCAUCCAGUGUGCAUGAUAUAUGAUUUUUUCAAGUUUGCUAAGGGUGAUUUUGUGAUACCGGGCGAAAUUUCAGAUUUUUUAGGAAAACGAUGUUGUAGUCGGCGCCUCGGCGCGUUGUAGAUAUUGGCGUUCAAAUAAAUUAUUUGUUAUCUUGGUAUUCAAUGGUUUUAUUUGUUUAAUGGUAGUAAAAAUCUAAGCAUGACAAUAAUAGAGGUAAUAAAAUCUUUAUCUAUCUUACUGCGACAUAUCUACACCAGUUUUUUAACCAACCGUAACAAGUGUCUACUCUCCCUGUAGCAAGUAUCUACGCCCAUCGCGCAUAUCUACGUCCACCGCAGUAUCUAAUCCUGCCGUAGCAAGUUUCUUUGCCUGCUGUCGUAAGUAUCUAUGCUCACCAUAGCAAGUACCUGCGCCCGCCGUGGCAAGUCUACGUUUACCGUAGUACCUACGCCCGCAGUAGCAAGUCUCGUAUACCGUAGUAUCUAGCUGCCGUAGCAAGUUUCUAUGAUUACCGUAGGAAGUGAACCCAUUGCGUCCAAGGUCACUCCCACCCUGUCCUUCUUCCAGAAAAAAAAUAUUUCAUGGAGCAGAAUAACUAGGGGGUGCUAAAAAUUUUGUUGUUUGCCUCUAGUUUUUGAAAUAUUUCGAAAUAUUCUACUGAUCAAGAACAAGACCAAUGCUGAACAAUUUUUAGGUAACAUUUCGGGGAGUAUUCAAUAUUGACUUUAGAAAUGUUAGCAUGAUUUUAGAUUUAGAAUUAUGAACUUUCUAAACUCAAUAUAAUAAUAACACACAUUUAUCGAGGAAAUGUCUUUUUUGCAUUUAUUCAUAUUGUACAAUCUUAUAAUAUGAUUCAUUCUGCAAAAUUUUACAGGCGAGCAAGAAUUCAUAUAUAAAACAGUAGCUCUUUCGUAUUGUACAUAACCAUUUUACCAGUAUAGUGAAAACAUGCGUAUAGUUUUUUUUAGUUUUAGGAUAAUAAAUUACUUAAAUACUAAUUUAAGUUUGGUUCUUUAUUAAUACAAUAUCAAUAGGAUUGCACUAUCCUGUAAAGUUAUUGGAACGUACCAAAAAACAUUCUAUGGUGCUUCUCUCGAUGCCGAUGAACUUUCUAUGCUAAAUUUACAAUUAUAAUUAUAACUUUUAAUAUAAAACAAUUUCUUGUGAAGCGAUUACACAGAUACAAGGCAGGCAUGACAUAUUGGCUCAGACUUUCUCAUCUCACUUCAUUAGUUCAAUUUAUUCGAUAAUUUAUUAGGUAACGAGCACACGAGCUUAUACCGUAGUACUAUUUUAAUGAAGUUGUCAGCUCAACGUUGUCUAGCGCAAAUGAACGGCUCGUCUGCAACGUCUCUCAUGAAGGAAGUGAGCUAAGAGAGUGUUUUCAUUAGAUACAAUUUAUUUAUUAACAAUUUUAUUAUACGUCGUUUAUAAACUGCUGCUGUUUGUGUUCGUACUUUAUUUAUUCAUAUCUAUUAUAUUACCAAACUAAUUUAUUAUUUUGAACGUAAACCGCUUGUUAUUUGUUAUUCAAUACUAGUGUCUUGAACACGGAACUUUAGAACGCAUUAGAACAAUUGAAAUGCGACUUAUUUGUAGUAGUUUAGUUAGUAUUACAUCAAAUAUUUUCAUUAUUAUUUUAAGGCAGUGAAACACCCAACUUAAAUUGAAGGACAGUUGGGGACGAGAUUACCUAGCUAAGAUUAACUAAGUAACAUAUCACUAGACAUUUUCACAGGCGACCUCUACACAAUGGUCGCUUUAUAUUUUACAAUAUUUACACAUCUUAAACACGUAUGUUAGUGAAACAUUGUCGUAUCAAUACGAGGGAGUCACAAACAUUAAAGCAGGACGCGGUCGGUACUCUAUAUACCACUCAGUCAUCGAAAGUCCAUCGGCUUAUUGUAGAUAUCAUCCUAACACCCCGAUUACAAAUGACAAAACGAAAAUACUCAUACGUCUAUACAAUAACAAUAUAAAUAUUUCUCAUGAGUCAAUCUUGUCAAAUAAUAAAUCUACAUAGAAGAAAUCUAACACUCUGAAAUAAAGGGCAACAAUUUUUAUAAUCUGUGAGACACGCAUCCCUUUGCGAACACUUUUUAAAAAACAAUUUUUAUUUAUUUCAUUUAUUACGACUAGAUUAGCAUUUGUAAUUAUAACAUUAAUAAUAUCAAUUGUUCAAAACGAUAGAUUCACAUAUAUAUGUGGAGUUUAAACGGAAUUAUUAAUACAGGCGUAUUUAUUAACAAAGUAUAGGUACUAUAAUAAUGGACAUACUGCACAAAAAUGACACGAGUCGCGUUUCAGCGUAGACACUUUGUACUAGUUAACUAUAACAGAGGUAAAAUAUAAAAGCUAUCUUAUAACCCGUUCCUGCCCUUCGCAACAAACAACAAUGAUCAAAAUAUUGAGGGAGUAAUAUCCGAUUCGACUAAAGGUACCGACGAGCCGCGUGUUUGGAAACUCCUUUGUUCCAUCUCUUUUAAAACAACGCUCAUCCGAACCUUUCCAGUGUUGGCAUCAUACGUCUAUAUAGAAAACUGAAAACUAUUUCGAUAUUCAGUGCUCGUACUAUCACUAACAAAACUGGUAAAUAUUAGAAACAUCAUAUUUCAACGUUUUUUAUACUUCAUUUAUCGGCUUAACACUUUGACGAUGACACACUUAAUCCUUCUAAAGUCGACUAUCCUUAAUAUUUAUUGGUUUCUGCCAAACACGCGUCGUCCCUUAGAGAAAUGAACAACACCCUAUGCAAUCACACAGUUCUAAUAAUAUUCUCAUUUUUUCAUCAUGUUAUCACAGAAAAUCAUGUAUUUACAAUUUUGUCGUACUAAAGUAACCUACAUCAUGCUUUGCAACAAAUGUAUUUGAUGGUGUUGAACGAUUUCUUCUUUGACGCGACUACUGUACUGGACACCACUGACAUAUUCAUAGUGAAGUUUAUAAAUUAGUGAACCGUAUAAUACUUACAGAAUUACAUGACUAACGUUUUGUUAAUGCACUUCGUUUAAGUAUUUGCACGAUUUGAUGUUGAGUACAUUAGUCGCAGCAAAGAUGACAGCUAACAAGUGACUAGUAUGACAAUGUGGCAUGAAGUAGUGUAUCGUGUAUCAAGUGGGAUCAGGACGAAUAUCGGAUUUAUUAUAAUACGGUACAGUCAUCGGCAGAAUUGGUUUUAACCGCUUUUGCAUAGGUGUUGAUUCAAAUGAAGGUGAUCCUUAUCAAGUUUUUAUCGUUUUAUGACUAAAUAUUUAACUGUUUUUAUUACUAAAGUUGUCAACCAAUUCUGAUGUAGAGUGUACAGAAGAUAUUUCGGUUUUGUGCCUGGUGACAAGUUUUAGUUUUGUAUGUGUAUGAGAUAAUCUGCCAUCGACAAUAGAUUCCUAAACGUGUAAAUGAAGGUGUCGCACAAUGUUUUAAUCUAUUAACUCUACGUCAUAUAUUUGAACUGUUGAAACUUACAAAUGCAUUAUAGUUAUAUAACUUGUAAUAUUCUUUAAAAUGCUGUCGCUAGGCAUAAUCAAUAUGUCGAUGACUGCAUUAUUUCUAAGUGGGAGUAUCUUGUUAUUCCUUAGUAUAAUAAUAAUUAUAGUCAACAAAACUUUGGCUCGUCUUUAAUUUACAUCCUAAAUGUUACUUUGAGGUAUAUUUUAGAGUUAACUCACAAAGCACUAAGAUACUCCCACUCGGUACAAAACUGGGCCUCGGAAUACAUUACAUGGCUCGAGUGGCCAGGCGACAAAACCUUUAAACAAUACUCAGUACACGAUUUAACAAUUUGGGUAAUCAUUUAAUGCAGAAAUAUAUUUUCAAAGUUUACACACAAUUCAUCUUUAUUUAGUUUAAUCGUAUUUAAAUUUAAAUAACGUAGGUAUAAAGCACUUGGGGGAAGGACAGCAAAUUCAAUAAAAAAUGUUUAAUUAUUAUUUAGUAUAUAUUAACUAAGUAAAAAUUAUUCGCUAUGUAAAUAUUUUAUACAAUACUAGUAUUAAUUUGUCUGACGAUGAAUCGCUAGUGUUCUCCCAACGUGUAAGUUGAAUACGAAACGGCGUCGGGCGGGGUCGGGCCGGGGCCCGCGCCCUCUCACCACGCGAUAUAACGUAGACUUUACGUAGUGCAAAUUUAAUAUAGAAAGUUUACUUUUACAAUACAGACUAGUAAUUUCAUUUUAUGUAAAAAUCCUAGCGCAAACGAGUCGUCCGGCACCGUCUCAUACCUCGAUCGCCCUAACCGUAAUACAAAUCAAGGAGUAAAAUUUUAGCGAAUUAAAAAUUAAAUUUUCCAAAACUUCGUAAAUACUAGAAUUCGGAGGCGGGCCGCGGCGGGCCGGGAGCGACGUCCGAACCGCUGAGCAACGGGAGUCGUCUAUGUACACACGGUCGCCGAGUAUAAAACGAGAUCGUUCGGGGCGCUCGCGGGCGCGUCAGAAGGAGUGCGGCGCGGCGGGCGCGGGCGCGCGCCGCUAGCACCAGUCGUCCUCGUCCGAGUCGGAGUGGCGUGCGCGCGGCUUGUACCCGUUGGGCAGGCGCGGCGCGGGCGCGGGCGAGGGCAGCGCGCGCGCGCCGCCGCCCCGCCCCAGCGCCAGCGCCGCCUCGUAGCUCAGCGGCGCCUCGUACGCGCGCCCGGAGCCCCACUCCGCGUCGUAGCCCCGGCCGCGUCUGCACACGCCACGUCAUUAAGCCAUCCUCACACAGCACUUGUUUCGAUGCUAUAUUGCAUGCGGGGACGCCACAGUACAGUAAAAACAAAACAACUACAAUACGCCGAAAAAAGAUAGAUUAAGCGGAAGCUCUAUAAUUACCCAGUUAUCUUCUACUUGAAAUUUACCUGCACUUUAGCACAAAUCGAAAAAGCUCUCGUCAAAAUAUGCACGGAUAUCCAUUCGUACUUAGCAGCAGAACAAUCUCUGCCACAGGUCAAGCUCAAGAUAGAAUUAGCUGAUAUUACUGAGUUAACGUACUUUUUAAUAACUGUCUAGCAUAGCACAAGUUACUAAUACAUUACUGUAAUCUUUGCAAAACAACAGAAACAAGUCUUGUUAUAUUGGCAUGCUUUGAAACACUGCCAGUAGUAUCUCACAAGUCACAAUUCUAUCAUUUCAUUAUGAUAAUUAUCAAAAUAUUUAAGACUAACUUAUUUUGCCAAUUCAGGUUCAUUUAAAUUAGCAAAGAGAUAUUGUUUUAGAGUACGUACCUUUCUCUAGAUCUAUAAUCUCGGUGUAUCAGUCUUUCAACUUCUCGGCCGUACUCGUACUCAUCGUGUUGAGGCUCUAACGGUUCUCUGACCGUGUGCCUUAGCGAUAACUGGAACAAUAUUUCAAAUUAU